AUGCCCAAGGCCACUUCUUCUCGAGCCGCCGCCGCGGCUCGCCGGCAUAACCCUCUGGCAGAUGACAUCGUAUCCGCGGGGCAUCUCCGGACACCGAGCGGGAAGCAAGGCAAACGCAAAUCAGAGGAUGAAGAAGAGGAGGGCGAAAAUGGACAGCGCUACAUCGAUGCAAAAAUGACACGAAAGAUUUUACAGAUUGGUCAAGAACUGGCGGACGAGGAUGCUGCCGAACAAAAACUCGCCAAGGGCUCGACAGAGCCGACAGGCAACUCGGCAUUCGAAUUUGACACCCGGUUCGAGGACGAGGAGCCAUUCUCGGACGAUGAAGAGAAGUUUGAGAAUGAUGAAUGGGUUGACGAGGAAGUCGAGGAAGUCGAGGUUGAUCCCAACGAUCUCGAUAUGUUCAACAAAUUCAUGCCCGGGCAUGAAGAAGACCCCAUAUUCCACCCCCAAGAACCCGGUACGGAGGGUCAGACCACGAACCUGGCCGAUUUGAUCCUGGAGAAGAUUGCCGAGCAUGAAGCGAAACAGUCUGGUGGCGGAGCAUUCAUCCAAGGUGGUGGAGUGCCCGAAGACGCCGUCCAAAUUCCUGCCAAGGCGGUGGAAGUAUAUGAGAAGGUCGGCAUGAUUCUGACCCGCUACAAAUCCGGCCCACUUCCGAAGCCCUUCAAGAUCCUCCCGACAGUCCCGAACUGGCCGACUAUUCUAGAUAUCACCCGGCCCGAGUCAUGGACUCCCAACGCUGUUUAUGCAGGGACCCGCAUCUUCAUUUCGUCCAAGCCCGCCGUGGCCCAGGAAUUCAUCUCGACGGUUCUCCUGGACCGAGUUCGUGACGAGAUCCACGAGACCAAGAAAUUGAAUGUCCACACGUACAAUUCGCUACGCAAGGCUCUUUAUAAACCCGCAUGCUUCUUCAAGGGCCUGCUAUUCCCGCUUGUCUCGAGUGGCACUUGCACCUUGCGCGAAGCUCACAUCGUUUCAUCGGUGAUUGCCCGUGUAUCCAUCCCGGUACUGCAUUCCGCCGCCGCAUUGCUGCGUAUGUGUGAUAUGGCGGCCGAACAGUCGACCAACUCUUUGGAAAGUACCGGGGCUGUGAAUGUGUUUAUUCGGGUCUUCCUGGAGAAGAAAUACGCCCUGCCCUUCAAAGUGAUCGACGCCCUUGUGUUUCACUUCUUACGCUUCCGAGCAGACAGCGGCGAUGAUAUGAUGACUGAUGGUUCCUCGGGGCCUGGCGCUAAGGCUUACAAGCUGCCGGUGCUGUGGCACCAGUCGUUGUUGGUUUUCGCCCAGCGCUACCGCAAUGAUAUCACCGAGGACCAGCGUGAGGCACUCCUCGAUUUGCUCCUUGUCCGGGGACACAAAGACAUCGGCCCUGAGGUCCGGCGGGAACUGCUUGCUGGUCGAGGCCGAGGCGUGGUGGUCCCGGAUCCCGAGCGACAAAAUGCGCUCGACGCCGGCGACGACACGAUGGAUGUCAGCAUGUAG